GCAAGCUAAAACAUGCCUUCGAAGUUGAGAAUACUUGAUACUGAUUUUUUUCACGAUAGCCAAAUGCUUCUUUAGGAACACCGAUGAGCAACAUGCAGGGGUUGCAAGUCCUAUGCCUGUUGGUGGGAAUACAAAUGGUCGCACCGGCCCCACCUAUGUUUCAAUGUAAAUAUGAACAGAGGCCAGGCGAGUGUCGAGCCGAUGCCGAAAUAAACAUGGAUAAUGAACAAAUAGAGGAAACUGAUGCAGGAACAUACCUCUACACACUUGAAGCAUGGGAUGCUGAUAAUGAUACAGUCACCUUUGAAAUACUUCCGUACUAUACUGAUGAUUUACCCGAGUUUGAAGCUAAUGGCAUACACUACCUGCAAGUUAAUGAGACUAGUGGAGUUGUAACAUCAAAGGCUGUUAUUGAUUAUGAGAAAGUGCACACUCUUAGAUUUGGAUGGAACUUAACCGACUCGGGUGGAGAAGGGUUUGUACAGAAAUCGAUCGCAGUAACUGUGAAGAAUAUAAAUGACAACGAUCCUGUGUUCACAUCAAAGAGGUACCAGGUGGAUCCCAUUACUGAGAACUCACUGAAGCCUAAUGAAGGGAUAGCUACUGUAAUCGCCAAUGAUACAGAUAGUGAAGAAGGGAUCUUAUACGGUAUUGUGCAGGCUUACUCAGAUUGGCCUUGCAAUGGAGACAUCUUCAAAAUAGAUCCCACCACUGGAGUAAUUUCUUUGAACGAGAGUGAGUCCUUAGACUUUGAAAAAGUUUCCCUGUACACAAUCUGCGUCAACGCAACGGAUUCGGGGAAGCCUACAGGGAGUGGACCUGCAAACUUUGGCUAUGCCGAGGUUAUUUUGGCCAUUCUAGAUGCGCAGGAUACUGCUCCAGUAUUCAAGUCCUCAAACUACGACGGAGAAAUCUCUGAAGAUACCCCUGUGGGAUCUGUAAUUGCUACCGUCGCUGCCACAGAUGGGGAUAGAGGUGUACUUGUCGCAAACAAAAUCUCCUACAGCUUGGUUGGAGGAGAUGGAAAGUUUGGAAUGAACAACAAUUCUGGAAAAAUAAGCAUCUUGGAAGGUUUGGACAGAGAGACAAAGGAUUCAUACACAGUUACCGUUACCGCUCAGGAAUUAAAUGAAAACGACACGAACGAAGCAUUUCCGAGCAGUACGACUGUAAAUAUCACUUUCCAAGUUGGCGACGCCGAUGAUGAAAACGCAACAUUUAGUAAUCACAGUCGAGAAAAAACUUUGUUUGAAAACUCUUUGACAGGAACCUUUGUGGAAAUUGUGGGUCUCACUGCAAAAGACAAAGAUCUGUCUCCAAAUAACGUCUUCUACUUUGCGCUGGGCGGACGUGAUAGAGAUGCUUUUGACAUACGGAGUAGAAAGAUUACUGGCGAAGGGGGUGUGGACCUACGAGUUUGGAACAACACUGAUAAACUAGACUACGAGAAGUAUAAGUUCCUACAGUUUGAGAUAUACGCCCAAGACAUAUCCGGAGACAUUGUUUAUGAUACUGUUUAUGUCAACAUCACGUUGCUUGAUCAGAAUGACGAAACUCCCACUUUCAGUCAGGACGCUUAUGUUUUCUCCAUCCCUGAGAAUUCCAAAGAUGAAUUUGUCAACAUAACAGAGGCGACUGACAAAGAUUCUGAUGAGUUCAACCAAAUCACCUACGAACUCCUCGGCCAAGGAUCUGAUCCACAAUUUGUUAUCAACAAAACUACGGGGGAGAUAUACUCUAAAGUAGACGCCGCCCUGGAUUACGAAAUCCAGAAAGUGUAUUUCUUGACCUGUGUGGCGUCGGACUCCCAACGACGUGGAACGGCCACAGUGCAGAUAGAACUAAUGGAUGAGAAUGAUAACCCUCCGGAGUUCAAUCCCACGGAGUACACGGUGAACGUAGAAGAGAAUCAAAUACCUGACGAGUUUCUUGUACAAGUUACAGCAAGAGACAUAGAUGAUGCGAUCGAGAACAAAGAAAUCUUCUUUUCCUUGUUAAACACUUUUCUAUCAGAGAAAUUCCGUAUUGAUAAAAUAACUGCUACGACGGCAAUAAUUUCUCUGGACGACAUAUUAGACUUUGAGGAAGAUGGACCCUUGUUUAAUUUGACAGUGAUCGCUGCUAACAGAGGAAAUGUUUCCAAAAUGACAACUGCAAAUGUUAACAUUAACAUUCAGGAUAUGAAUGAUCACUCUCCAGUAUUCGUUGAGGAUGUAUUUGUCGGUGAAAUACCAGAAGAUGCCAAGAGAGGAGAUUUUGUUCUUCAAGUCAAAGCCGAGGAUAUGGACAGGGUCGGCUCUGCAAACGCCCGUAUUGACUAUUUCUUCAGAGAGACGGACGUCAGCGUCUCCGCUUUCCGCAUUGAGAUCUCAACGGGGAGAAUCACCGUCAACGACCAGCUCGAUCGAGACCUGGAGGCUUCGUACGAGCUAGAAGUAGAGGCUCUCGAUAGAGGAGAUCCCUACCAACCUCCCGGGAACUGCUCGGUGAUCAUCACCAUCUUAGACGUUAAUAACAAGAAGCCUACAUUCUCUGAGGAGACACCGGUUGAAGAGAUUAACGAGGGUGUCGUCAACGGUACGUUGAUAACGAUGGUUACAGCAUCGGAUUCAGAUGAAACGGCCGAAUUAGUCUACUCUUUUGACACAAUCAGUGGUUUUAACAAAGACGAUAAAAUUGAGCAAAAUUUCAGUGGCUGGUUCUCGAUCAAUCAAACUGGCGGUGUCUUCACUGUGAUUGAACUGGAUAGAGAAAAAGUUACACGCUUUGUGAUUCCAGUUGUUGUUAAAGAUGUAAAUGCGACCGAGGAACAAAUGGCAAUCGCCACAUUGAGUCUAACCAUUUUAGACGUUAACGACAACCCUCCAGCGUUCUCAGAUGUCGACUACGAGUUUGACGUUACCGAAAAUGACAUUGAGGGCACUAUCAUAUCGGCUAUAAUAAGCGCAACGGACAAAGACGAAGGUUCAAAUGGAGAGAUCAUUUUUGAUCUUGUAGAUGAUAAAAAUCUGAUGAAAAUUGAUCCAGAGACUGGUAUACUGCAAGUCAACGGUAUGUUUAACCGCGAGGAAAUGGCCACGUAUCACGCCCUCAUUGUAGCAACAGACAAAGGAGACCCUGUGCAAAAUACAACUAAAAACAUCACGAUCAGUAUUAUAGACGUUAACGAGUUCCCUCCGAAGUUUAAACUGAGUAACUACAGCGUUGCUCUUUUAGAGAAUUUCACGGCGGGUAUGGAGAUUCUGAGAGUGUCUGCAACGGAUCAAGACGCUGGAGAUAUAUUUGGUCAUGUGACUUUCGGCAUUGCCUCAGGAAACGCUGAUGACAUAUUCACCAUAAACGGAACAACGGGAGUGAUAAUGAUUAAAGAAGGCGCUAAGCUUGAUCGUGAGACAGAAGAGGAGCACAUCCUGACGAUUAAUGCUAUAGAUGGUGGCGGAAGAAGUGAGAAUGAAGCGGUGGAGAUUAUUGUUCUCGAUGUUAACGACAAUGCGCCGGUCUUCAACAAGUUUGAGCCGAGGUCUAUUCAGGAAACUGUACCAGAGGGUGAUAUUGUGUUUACAGUGACUGCGACAGAUGCUGAUCAACCCGGCACCCCUAGCUCACAAUUGGAAUACUCCAUUGAAGGGGGAAGCGAUAAGGCUGAAGAGCUGUUUAACAUCACCACUAGUGACAACACAGGAAAUAUUAUGGUCAAGUCAAGCUUGGCAAACAGGGUAGGCAUUUACUCCCUCUUAGUUGUUGUGAGGGAUGGAGGAUCGCCUUCGAACAAUGCCAAUGCCACGGUUCAGAUAACAGUCACAGAUGUCAACGAUGACCCUCCAGAAAUCACUUUCCCAACUGAUUUGAGUACCAUCUAUGUUGAAGAGAAUUCCACUGGAUUUGUUUUAAAUUUAACAGCACUCGACUCUGACGUGGGCAUAAAUGGCGAAAUUUACUUCAAGUUUGUACAGUCGUCGGAUGGACAAGAAUUCUUCGAACUCGACUCUAAGUCUAAUGAUGAUGGCGUUUGUAUGGUUUCCUUCAAAGAUGGUCAUGUGACUGACCGCGAGACAAAAGCAGAAUACGAAUUGACUAUAGAAGCAUACAAUAAAGGUGAUGGAAAUAAUAAGUUUGCCACUAGAGUAACGUUCAUCAUUAAGGUUAACGAUACGGAUGAUAAUGAGCCAAUAUUCUGGGAAGAUGAAUCAGAUCAGAGUAUUGAAUUCAGUGUCUUUGAGAACAAUGCGACAGCCGUUAUAGGUCUGGUGAGCGAGGCCACUGAUGCCGACGAGCCUUCAAACCAACUCAUCUUCUACUUCAUUGUCAACGGGAACACUGAAGACUGUUUUACUCUCAACAAGGAAUCCCGACAGCUUUCCUUAAAGAAAUCACUGGACCGUGAAAAGAACGAUACUUAUGAAAACAUCGUCAUUAAAGUAACGAGUGACUUCAAUUACGAUGAUUCGAUCAUCGUACCGUAUGAUCCGACGGACAACACUUUGUUACAAGUCACUGUCAAAGUCUUGGAUGUGAAUGAUAAUGGACCGAUAUUUACAUCUAAAUCUUACACCGGAGGAGUGGAGUAUAACACUGGGUUUGACAGUGAAGUCAUCGUAGUCAAAGCAAUAGAUGCAGACUUUGAAAGUAACGCCAUUGUUAACUACUUCAAGACAUCAGAGAAAAAAACAGACCCAGAUGGAACAGAUUAUCCAGAAAUCAUACCCACCUUCAAGGUUGAUAACUUGACCGGCUCGAUCCGAACACUGAGGAACUUUGAGAGUCGAGACACUGGUUACUUCACCCUGGAGAUUGUGGCAUAUGACAGUCUCAACUCUCAAUACAGAGACACUGCUACAGUAUCGAUUUAUCUGUUCAAUGAGGAUCAGCAAGUUAUUUUUACGUUUGCGCUGAGCACAGAUAACGUCAGGAAAAUCGAGGAAGAUUUCAAAGCGACUUUGGUGGAAGUGAUAGAAAAAUAUGGUGAUUUUGGCUCUUCAGCUAAACGGGCUGCCAAGACUGUUGAACCAGUUAUAGUUGUUGACGACCUACAAGUAUUUACUGUUGACAAUCAACCAGUACCAGGAAGGAGCGUCAUGAAACUUCAUGGAGUAAACAAAGAAGAUAACACAAUUAUCGAUCCCGUAAUUAUUGUCAAUUCGAUUGAUGUAGCGUAUGACUAUGUUGAUGAAUUCUAUGAAAAAUAUAAAGUCUUUGAAGUAUUGGGUCCAGAUUCAGUUCCGCCAGAACCGAGUGACUGGGUCCAGUGGCUUUUGGUUGGUAUCCUGAGCUUCUUCGUUGUUCUUGCAAUUGGCCUGGUGGUUACCAAUUGUAUUGUGACGUCAAGCUACAAGCGUAAACUACGUGCGGCUACAGCUGGACUUUAUGAGACCAAAUCUAAAGCUAAAGGAGCCUACAGUUUGCCAAAUACCAACAAAUAUGCGGAAGCUGGUUCAAAUCCAGUCUACACAAGAACUUUAAAUGAAGGCUAUGAAGUCGCACCUCUUAGCAACCAAGAUGCUCCAGAGUAUGAGGUGGUUUCUGAUCAGGAGAAUAAGAAACAGCCAAUUGGGAAUGGUUACUCGCAUCAGCAGGUAUCGUCCGAUCCUCUCAGUGAAGAGCAAGAAGUCACCAUGGAGAUGUAUGACGACUCGGCCGAUCACGAACAUGUUGAAGAUGAUGAAUUAGGCGAUCAACUUCUUCUAGAAGUCUUGAAAGAUUACGAUCAGCGCAAAACAACUGGGAGUAAUAGCCUGACGGGAUAUGCCAACUUCCCAGUCACAGAAAUAUAAUCACAAUAACUCUAUAAGAAGCUAAGUCAUUUUUAAAGCUUCGCAGUUUAAUUGUUUUGCUCUACAUAUGAGAUCACUGUGGACUUUCAUUUUUUUCACAGGAUUUUAGCAUCUUUUGGGUACAUUUUUUUUUUUAAGGGGGCAUCUAACAUGUUCACAGUCCUUCAAAGAAAAUGGAGAUAGGAGGGGGGUCAAAGACUAAGUACAUGUAGGGCUAUAAAAGGUGUGUAAAAUUUGUGUAUAAGUGGGUAAAUUUUACAUGAUUUGCAGUUGAACAAGGAAAAAUUUGCUGGAGCGGGUUAUGAACCAAUGACCUCCGGACUAAUGUGCCAGCACUCUAUCAACUAAGCUUUCUACCUCUUUGUUGGGUGGUCUACUUAUGUUGUCGAUUUCUUUGUUAAAGCCAUUGGACACUUUCGGGAAACAGUCUUGUCCAAGGCCCACAC